CAGUCGCAAACGAACAACGAACCAUCGAAGUUUAGAAAAUUUCUAACAAUCAAAAGCGAUCGCGCGCGCGCUUUUCUCGAUUUCGAAUCUCGAACAACGAAACGAAAAUAAAUUUGGAAAAUUGCAAUUGUCGGUUUGUUUUUAGCGCGCGUGCAUUGCCAAAACGAAUCAGAAACAGAAACAGAAACAAAAGCACAGAAACCGAAACACAAACGCAAACAACACGAAUCGAGUUAGGAGAAAUAUAUAGAAACGACGCACAUUUCUCAGUUGCAUGCCGCGUGGAUCGAAACAUAUAUGUAUAUAUACGCCCAUAUAUAAUUAUAUAUAUAUAGCUAAACUUAGAAAUAAAAGCGAAAAAGGGAGGCAUAACUUUGAGAGGCGUUGCCCGUGGCCAAGGAUUUUUGAGAAAUACGGAUGGGAAUUACGAACUAGCCCAAGGCUCAAGCCCGCGCCCUCUUACUCUUGCUCUAGCUCUAGAUUUGCCUCAAAUCUGCAUAAUUAUUACAUAACCCGAAUCCGAAUCCAAAGUGUGUGGUAUUUAUCGCGGCCCUCGCUGAGCAGUGACCUGAUUUGAACUGGACACGUGUCAUUAGAUUUAAAGCCUCGCACACUUACGAUAUAUUGCGUUGAUUAUGAGCGCUUUCGCCGACCGGAAUAUACAUUUCAAUCCUUUGCGAAAUCAGCAAACGCUUAUCGUCAAACGGCUGAGACCGCCGGAGAGCAAGAACUUCAAGAACUGAGCAACCGAACAACGAAUAUAUACGAAAUCCGCUCACAGCUAAGAAAAAACGAACCUUUUUUGUAGAGCCAACGCAGAAAAACAACGAAACUUAUAUAUACAAGCUAUAAAAUAGAGCCAAAAACGAACGAAUUUUCAAGCAACUAUAGCAACACUGCGACAACAUCAAGAACAACAACCAAGAAACCGGAAACAUAAAGACAAGAAAGGAUCAUCACAUUACAAAGGAGCUUUCGUCUCCUUUUUGUACAUAAAAACAUUUUUACGCUAGAAUUUAGAUUUGUUUUUGUUGAUUUUGAAUAUAUAUAUAUAUAACUCAAAUAUAUAUCAUUGUUGUCCCACAUUGUUGUGUUAGCUUAGCUAGGCUUAACCCCUAACGAAUACUAGUCAGCCGCCCAACUGUGCGUAUACGCAACGUGAAUGCGUAUACUUAAUAUUUAAGAAUAGCCAUAUAGAGAUAGAUAGAGGCCAAAAACCAACGAACAAAUGAUGAAAAAUCUCAACGGUAGGGCGCACAAUGCGUGCUACCAUCCCUAUUACCACCAAUCGCUGCACUUUGCACACCAGCAACCUCACCAGCCGCAUCAGCAGCAGCAGCAACACUACCAGCUGCAACAGCAACAUCAACAGCUGCAGCAGCAGCAGCAACAACAACAUCAGCAGACCCAGCAGCAGUUGUUACGUCAUCAGCAACGGCAACUGCCCACGCAGCCUGCCUACCAGCAACAGCAACAGCUACACCAACAACAGCAACAUCAGGAGCAGCAGCAGCAGCAACAGCAACUGAGGCAAUCGUUUGCCCACAAUGGUUUUCCACUGCGCACAAGCAACAGCAACAGUUAUGGCCAUGUUGCUGGUAGCGCCUACGCCGGCAACAGCAACAAUGCGGCUGCCAUGGCCGCCGUGUGCCAAAUGCAGAAUUUUUUUAGUCAGCAGCAACCACAGGAGUACAACAAUUGCUUGCCUAUUAAUUAUUAUCAACAACAACAGCAGCAGCAGCAACAACAGCAGCAGCAGCAACAACAGCAACAGCCACCGCAACAACAACAUCCAUUGACAGCCACGACGACAGCAGCAACAUGCAAUGCCACAGCAACAACGUCUGCAACAGCAACAACAAGCUCCACGAACAACGACAACAACAACAACAAUAACAGUAGCAGCGAUAAUUUUGCAAUGGACCCCAGUGAAAUCGCCACUUUUCUCGCCAACGAGCUUUUCCUACAGCAGCUCGGCAACUUUGAGACCGUUCAGAGUGUCCUCACGCUGACGACACCCACGUUGACGCCGACCACCACGCGCAGCAUCGAGGACUCCUUUUUCCAGAUAAUUUCGGAUACGCAAAAUGAUCGUGGAGCUGGAUGCGCAGGAUUUGCAGUGCCAGUGGUGCUGCCGAAUGCUGCGGGUGCCAAUGAAGCCAACGGAAAUAGAAUUUUAACCGUUCCAAGUCAGCAGCCAUACGAUGUGAGCCUGGUGCCCGGAAGCGAGUCCGAGGAUUCCAAUGCUUCGUACAACGAUACGCAGAUGAAUGAGGAGCAGGACACAACCGAUACUUCAAGUGCCCAUACGGACAGCACCUCGUACCAAAAUGGCCAAAUAAUGGGUGGCAGUGUAAAUGGCAGCGGUGCCAACAACUUCACCAAUGUCCUGGCGGCCGUGACCACCACCCGUGGAGCAUCUUCGGCUGGCAGCAGCAACGCGAAUACCUCAAACACCCCGGCUCGUCGUGGAGGCGGCAGACGCCCCAACCGAUCGGCCAACAUGACUCCGGAGGAGGAGCAGAAGCGAGCGGUACGCCGUGAACGGAACAAGCAGGCGGCGGCCCGUUGUCGCAAGAGGCGCGUGGACCAGACCAACGAGCUUACCGAGGAGGUGGAGCAGCUGGAGAAGCGGGGCGACGGCAUGCGCAAGGAGAUCGAGUUCCUCACGAACAGCAAGAAGCAGCUGGAGAACCUACUGGCCGUCCAUCGUUCCACCUGCAACAAGGUGCGUUCCGAUUUGCUGAGCGUGGCUACCUACAAUGGGCUGAUUGCUCCUGCCGGACUCUUGAGUGCCGGGAGCAGUGGCAGCGGAUCGAGCAGCCACCACAACCACAACAGCAAUGACAGCAGCAAUGGAACCAUUACCGGAAUGGAUGCUACGCUGAACUCCACCGGAAGGAGCAACUCGCCCUUGGAUCUCAAGCCGGCGUCGAACAUCGAUAGCCUGCUGAUGCACAUCAAGGAUGAGCCCCUGGACGGUGGAUUGGACUCUGGUUCGAGUCUGGACCAGGAUGGUCCACCGCCCAAUAAGCGCUUCGCCUUGCCGCCCAUGUCCACCAUGCCGCAUGUUCACAUGUCCACGCUGAUGACGCCCACCGGUGCCUCUUCGGGAUCUCUGCAGACACCCAUCACGAGCACGGCUCCCGGAGGGUUUGGCAGCGCGUUUCCGGUGACCACCAACGGCAGCAGCAGCAGCUUGAACAGUCCCACGCUUAAUGCGCUGAAUAAGGUGCCCAAGGAGCGGCCCAAUACGCUGGCCUUCCAGCGACCCUUGAGCCAGAACAUGCACCUGACCCUGGCCAACAAGUCGGGCGGACCCACGCAGAUUCAGGGUGUGCCCAUCCAGACGCCGUCGACGGGCACCUUCAACUUUGACUCCCUAAUGGACGGUGGCACUGGAUUGACCCCGGUUUCCGGACCCCUUGUGCCGAACAGCUCCUCCACGAAUAAACAUCCCCUGGAGCUGCCCACGCCCACCGCCGAGCCAUCCAAGCUGGUCAGCUUAUAACCACAGGACAGGAUUUGGGACAGGGCCGGAGGAUAGGGGGUCCACCAGUUGGGGGGUCAAGUCAGGAUUAAGUUAAGUUUUAUAUAAUUGAAGCGUAGCGAUUAUAUUUACACUUGCUAACAAAAAAAAAGAAACCAAGAAAACAUUUUGCUAGUUUGUAGACGACGUUUUCAUUUUUGUAAUCGUAACGAAUAUUUUGUUUCGUUAACUGUAAUGUUUUUGUAUUAUUAUCUUUAUUAUGGUUAAUUUAUGAUUUUUGCUAUGUCCUUUACAUACGCCGAGCUACAUAUGUUAUGUACUUGUAUUUUGUGCAAUUUUCAAACCUUUUCAUUGCGUGUUAUAUAUUUUCAAAAAAUAUACAAAUGCGAACGAUCGACGAUGCAUGCAGUAAUGCAGUAAUGCCUGGAAAAUGAUAAGGAUUUUAGGGAGUGUAGAUUUGAAGGAUGCGUUGUGAUAUUUAUUAUAAAACGAAUACAAAAGAUACCAGAUAAAAGAAAGUAGAAAGCAAAACAGGAGCGUGUAAUGAAAGGAACUAAGCCGGUUUUAAAAUUGUACAUUUAAACGAAUCGCGUAAAUAUAGAAACAAAAUAUAUAUUCAGCAUACAAACUAAAUACAAUGCCUUGAGAGAGAAUUAAGAAAUGCAAACACUUUAUAUAUAUAUAUUAAUAAAUAUAUAUAUAUAUAUAUGUUUAUAUUACGUUUAAACCUAAACAAUAAUCGCGUUAAAGCAAGUUUUAUAUUGAGCAAAAGCAAAAGCAAAAGCAAAUGUGAAAUGAGAUAAAUAUACUUAUUGUACUCUGUAAGCUGCAGUAGAAAACCCAAAUAUAUUUUUACUAAACGCAACAAAUGCGCUAUUUUCAAAUACCAUUUAUAAGAAAUGACAAAAGCAAAGCAAUUAUUUAAUAUGUAAUUAUGUAUUAUGUAUACCCAAAUACGAUCUAAUGAAAGCUGAUCAGGUAAAAACAUACAAAAAAAAAAACAAACUCUCGCCUCAGUAAAUUCUCUGUAUUCAAAAUUAUCAAUCUAUCUUAAAACCAAACCGAUCGAUAGUAAAUUAAAUGCACUUAUAAGGGCAGAAAAACACCAAAAUUUACAGAAAUUAAAUAAAAUAAAAUAAAAACACCGAAAAACCUAAAAA